AUGACUACCGUUCGGAAGCAAUGGUGUGCCCUUCCCAUCAUUCACGGAGAAAGUGCUGGUGCGGCGCCCCCCGCGGGAGCCGUCGGGUGUCUUGCGUGCUCUCCUUACCCCUCGCUCACCUCGUUUCUCUCCUUCAGGAUCACGACGGCUUUGUGUUGCCUCGACCGCGAAAGGACGUCGUCUUACACCAUCCACGUCGUGGCCUCGGACGGGGGAGGCCUCAAAGGCACGGGCACUGUGUUGGUGCGAGUCGGCGACGAGAACGACGUGUCGCCGCGAUUCAGCAGGAGGGAGUGGCAGGUGACGGUGCACGAGUCGGCGGCCGCCAACACCUCGCUGGCGACGCUGACAGUGCUCGACCCCGACGCCGCCAACGACUUCGCCUUCAGGGUGGUGGAGGGCAGCGGGCACGGCUGGGAUAGGUUCCGCGUGGUGGCCGCGGGCAAUAGGAGCGGCUCGCUGCAGGCCGUGGAGGCGCUGGACUACGAGGACCCCAGACAGCGCCAGGGCUUCAGGUUCAAGGUCCAGGUGUCGGACAAGGGCGCGGAGGGCUGGCGGACGCCCGCGCACCUGGACUGGGCGUGGGUGGUGGUCAACCUGCUGGACGACAACGACAACGCGCCCGACCUCUCCAAGCGCCAGGUCAACCUCACGCUGCCGGAGGACACGCCCAUCGGCCACCUGUUGGCCAUUUUCACCGCCCACGACAGAGACCAGGGCGGCCGCGGGGAGGUGCACUACAGCAUCGCGCCCGGCAGCGACCCCGGCCGCCGCUUCGUGGUGGACUCGGUGGGGCGCGUGCGGCUGCAGCGCCUGCUGGACCGCGAGGCAGCGGCGCGCCACGAGGUGCGCGUGCUGGCGGUGGACGAGGGCGCGCCGCCACGCACCGCCACCGCCACGCUCAGCCUGUCCCUCACCGACGUGAACGACAACGCGCCGCACGUGGCGCGCCAGGACCCCAUUCUUGUGCACGAGAACACGCGAGCAGGGCACGUGGCCACGCUGGCGCUCGACGACCCCGACGAUUGGAGCCUUGGCCACGGCCCGCCCUUCGCCGCCCGCCUCGACGACAGCGCGGCGCCCGACAUCAAGAACACCUUCGCCGUCGAGUUCGACCAAAGUAGGUACCCGUCGCCCGAGGUCGACCUCAGACCCUCGGCCGAGAAACUUCCUUGCUUCCCGAAGGCCUCUCGUGGCCGAAUAAAAUUAAAAGUGUAUGAGAACAGGGGAGUGAGGAAAGGGGUGUUUGGCGAAAACUGCAUUGCACUUUGCACUGUGGGCGCCUAUAAUGUGCGUGUUUAG